GAAAAAAUCCAAAUUAUUACAAAAUCGGAAUGCCGCAGUCUUGAAACUGACACUUUUAACAACUUCCCUCUUCACGCGGCGGUAGCCACCUCAACUGCCCCCAAAAUGUCGCCCAUUUCGCCGCCCCAAUCCGUUCCAUCAUUCUCGUCCAAAUCGCCCAGCAAAACCCUAACCACAGCCCCCAAUUCCACCCGCUCCUGUAACAGGAUUCACUGCGAGCUCAAGAAAGCUUCCGCGGCUCCUCAGAAAUGGACAAUUGAUUGCGUCUCUUCAACAGACCCAAUUCACAUCAUCCUCAAACCCCCGAAUUCGGCCUUACUCCCUUCGCCUAUGGAUUCGUCGCUCAAGAAUUCUAAGAGGGUUUGCCUCUUUUACUGCUCCGAGAUGAGGGACCUCGCUGAGAGAAUUGCUUCCGAGUCCGACGCAAUUGAGCUUCGCAGCAUUACUUGGAGGACAUUUGCAGAUGGAUUUCCGAAUUUGUUCAUAUCCAAUGCUCAAGGAGUUCGUGGACAGCAUGUGGCAUUCCUUGCUUCAUUCAGCUCUCCUGGGGUUAUUUUCGAGCAAUUGUCAAUCAUCUAUGCUCUGCCGAGACUAUUUGUCUCAUCCUUUACUCUCAUCCUGCCAUUUUUCCCUACGGGCACUUCUGAGAGAAUGGAGGAUGAAGGAGAUGUUGCCACAGCAUUCACGCUUGCGAGGAUCUUGUCCAAUAUUCCUAUAUCAAUGGGUGGACCUGCCAGUUUAGUGAUUUUCGAUAUCCAUGCUUUACAGGAGAGAUUUUACUUUGGUGAUAAUGUUUUACCCUGCUUCGAAAGUGGUAUACCAUUGCUCCUGAAUAGGCUACAAUCGCUUCCUGACUCUGAUAAUAUAACAAUAGCCUUUCCUGAUGAUGGUGCAUGGAAACGGUUUCACAAGCAGCUGCAGCACUUCCCAAUGGUUGUUUGUGCUAAAGUAAGAGAAGGUGAUCAACGAAUUGUAAGAAUCAAGGAGGGUGACCCGAAGGGACGUCAUGUUGUGAUAGUGGAUGACCUUGUCCAGUCUGGUGGCACGCUGAUAGAGUGUCAGAAAGUGUUGGCCAAACAUGGAGCUACCAAAAUAAGUGCUUACGUGACGCAUGGAAUCUUUCCAAAUAAGUCAUGGCAACGGUUUAACCAUGACAAAGGAGGCAACCCCGAGAAUGGGAUGGCUUACUUUUGGAUCACAGACUCAUGCCCGGAGACGGUGAAGCAGGUAAAGAACAAGCCCCCCUUCGAGGUCAUAAGUCUUGCAGCUGCCAUAGCAUCUGCACUCCAUAUUUAGGAGUGGUGUGAGGUCACAUUUUCGUACAAGAAUCUCUUCACUGCAUCUUAGUUAUAGAGAUUUUGACCGAAAGCUAAAUUGGCUAAGCUGUCUCGUGUAAUAGUUCCCAAAAAUAUGUUUCUAGUUUUGUUCUAUUUAUGUGUAGAAUAAUUUUGAGAAUUCGAUGUCUUAAUAAUGAACAAAAGGGUGCAGGUUGUUGUUUUC